AGUUCAUUUCGGUCCGUGCUCCGAAGCGGAGGCUCAAAUCCCGGGACAAUUCCACUCGAAGAGAAAUUAAAUAAGCAAAUGAGUACUCCUCGGUUCUUCCCUUCCUAGUAGUAUAGUUAGAGAAAUUAAUAUUGUCUCGAUCUUUUUCUUUGCUCAUCCACCUCGCAUUUUUAAAAGAAAUAAAAAAAACUCCUGUCGCGAAGUUGAAAGGGAAUCCUGAAUAAAUUGGCUUUUUUGUAUUUCGCCACAAGAGUGUUCAUUCAUCGCGGAUCUUUUUUUUUAUCACCCCAAAUGGUACUUGAACGACUUGAACCCUUUUAGCCGACAAAAAGAGGGAAAGCCAAAAAAAUAUUCUGAGAACACUGAAAGAAAUUUUUACUGUGUGCGUGUUAAAGCAUCCAUAACUGCCAGAACUGCCAGAAAGAUUAUUCUCUGAAAGGGUCAUUACAAAAAAAAUCCUCAAACCCCUAAAAAAUAAAUUUUAAUAAUCUCCAACAAGGCUGAAAAGUUGAAAAACAAUAAAAAGAAAUAAAAAGAUUCGGUGAGAUGUGAAAAGUUCGCGAAAACAGUGAUAUAAUCGCGAGAGAAAAUAUCCCGCACAAAAAAAUCUUGAAUGCAACAAUCUCUGUGUCGUGGCAUGUGGAGUCAAAUUGGUGGAAAAAUGUGCCCCAGAGGGACACUUUGGUGGUACUAUUCAGUGUUUUUUGUGCUCCUCCUUAUCAGCUGUGCCCAUUCAUUUUCAAUUAACCAGUCAAAGAGCAGCAAUGCACCCCCAACUGCCCCCACUGAGGGUGAAAAAUUCACGGAAAAGUUUACAAUUGAGCAGCUACUCUCAAUGAAAUUUCCCUCCAAAAUAUCCGAUGAUAUCGACAUGGAUCCCUGCAAAUCAGUGAGCAACAUGGGAGACAUUGCACUGCCAAAUAUCAACUAUGAGAAUGAAUGGCAGGCCCAGAGGCUCAACAAGUCCUUCCAGGAGGAGCUGGAGAAACUAAAACAGGAAGUCUACCAUGAGGGAUUGCAAGUUGAGGAGGAGGGCUUAACGGAUAUCAUAAGGAAGAAAACCAAACAGGCUCUUGUCGAGACACUCACAGAAGCUCCAAUGACUGACCCAAAGACCAACGACGUGCUGGGGCAUCGCAUUGACACUGUCACGGGGACAAAACUCAAAGAGAAUCCCUUUCAGGCUCCCAAUCCCGAAAUUCAUCCCGACAAUCAAUCAGCCAUCGAUGCCACCAUCAUCCAAACCAAUCACUCCGGCCCAUUGGAUGUUCUUGCAGUAGUAUCUGGCCCCAUUGUGGAGGGUGAGGAGUUGGUGAAGAAGAGUGACGGGAAUGUGACAAGGCACGCAGAAUACGAUAAAAUACAGUCAAACAGCAAGGACAUUGUCAAUCACUCUGGCGAGCACAUUCAGCAAAGGAGGGUGGCCGUUUCGCCAACAAACACCCCCGCCGUUAGGUCCACCCUCCCCAAUCGCUUUAGCAAUGCUGGCGGUAAUGGGGGUCAUUUGGAUGAUAUUGAGACAUUAACUGCAAACGGAGCAAUACGCAGGAGACACCGAAAACGCCGCCAAGGAAGGAAAUUUCUCAGUGCAAUUGAUGAUUACGAAGCGAGAUUUACGAGACUGAAGAAGGAGUUGGAUCGUCCUGUGAUAACAGCUGAAGAUUUCAAGAGCAAACACCACAAAGAGGAGGAGAAUGAAUUGGAGCAGGGUGGUGUCAUGACCACGACGACACCGCUACCGCCACAGAAGAGCGACGAUGGGCUGGAGCAGUACCACCAUCAUCGUAUAACGCGCGCCGCCACAGCCAAAAAGGAGAGAAUUUGGGACUAUGGGGUCAUCCCCUAUGAGAUUGAUGGGAAUUUCAGUGGAGCCCACAAGGCUCUCUUCAAACAAGCCAUGAGGCAUUGGGAGAACUUUACGUGCAUUAAAUUCGUCGAACGAACAUCCGAGCAUCCCAACUUUAUUGUUUUCACAGAACGACCCUGUGGGUGCUGCUCAUUUGUCGGAAAACGCGGCAAUGGGCCACAAGCUAUAUCAAUUGGGAAAAAUUGCGACAAAUUCGGAAUUGUUGUCCAUGAAUUGGGGCACGUGGUUGGUUUCUGGCAUGAGCACACACGACCUGAUCGCGAGAAUCAUGUUGUGAUUGAGAAGACCAACAUCAUGACCGGGCAGGAGUACAAUUUCAAUAAACUGACUGAGGAGGACGUGAAUUCCUUGGGACUCCCAUAUGACUAUGACUCCAUAAUGCACUAUGCCAGGAAUACAUUUUCCAAAAACUAUCUUUCAGGCAAUUACUUGGAUACAAUUCUCCCGAUUGAGGAGAAGGGGCGCAAAAUGCCGGAAAUUGGUCAACGUAUUCGACUAUCCGAAGGCGACAUUGCCCAGGCCAAUUUACUCUACAAAUGUGCAAAGUGCGGUCGAACAUUUCAAGAGAAUGCGGGUGCAUUUACAUCGCCCAGCUACUACAGUAAACUCCCACCCACUGAGCCCGAGAGAUGCGAAUGGCGCAUAACAGCCACACAUGGGGAGAAGAUUGUUCUCAAUAUCACUGAUUUGGAUAUCUUCAAGUCCAACAACUGUCGCACAGAUUAUCUCGAGAUACGCGACGGCUACUGGCACAAAUCACCAAUUCUGGGACGCUUCUGUGGCUCCGGGAAGGUCAAUGAGCUCUUCAAGUCCAACGGCAGCCGUAUGCUUCUCACGUACAUCACGACCCAUCGUCAGGCUCGCUAUAAAGGCUUUGCCGCGCACUACGAGGCUGUAUGUGGGGGUGAACUGAAUUUGCAAUCUAGCGGACAUCUUGAGUCCCCAAACUAUCCACUAGACUAUCUGCCGAACAAGGAAUGCAUUUGGAAGAUCACCGUUCCCAAAGACUACCAGGUGGCUCUUAAAUUUCAAUCGUUCGAAGUUGAAAACCACGAUACAUGCAUGUAUGACUUUGUGGAGAUUCGCGAUGGAGAUCGUGCUGAUUCAAAGCUCAUCGGAGUCUUCUGUGGCUACAAAGUUCCACCAGAUAUCAGAGCUAGUGGCAACAAAUUAUUUGUGAAGUUUGUUUCUGAUGGUUCCGUGCAGAAGGCGGGGUUUUCUGCAACGUACAUGAAGGAGAUUGAUGAGUGCGUAGUUCUAGAUCAUGGAUGUCAGCAUGAGUGUAUCAACACACUAGGAGGAUACGAAUGUAGCUGCCAUAUUGGCUAUGAACUCCGGAGCGACAAGAAAAUGUGUGAGAAUGCAUGCGGAGGCAUCAUUGAUGCUCUCAAUGGAACAAUUACAUCCCCAUCAUUCCCAGAUGUCUACCCAUUGUCCAAGGAAUGUGUAUGGGAGAUUGUAGCUCCACCGCAGUACAGAAUAACUCUCAACUUUACUCAUUUCGACCUGGAAGGGAAUAAUUUCUUCCAAAUGGAAUGUGAAUAUGACUCCCUCACAGUUUAUUCCAAGAUGACUGAUGACAACCUCAAACGGCAUGGAACCUACUGCGGAGGACGCCUACCGCCUUUAAUUACGUCCGAAACUAAUGCUAUCAGGGUGGAGUUUUCAUCAGACAAUACAGUUCAGAAGGGAGGCUUUGCAGCCAUCUUCUUUACUGACAUCGAUGAAUGCCAGGUUAACAACGGAGGUUGUCAGCAUGAGUGCAAGAAUACCAUCGGGUCCUACAUUUGUUCCUGCCACAACGGCUUUACUCUUCAUGACAAUGGGCAUGAUUGCAAAGAGGGUGGAUGCAAGCAUGAAAUUACCUCCCCUCAUGGUCAGAUCUUCAGCCCAAACUACCCAGACUACUAUCCAUCGAAGAAAGACUGCGUGUGGCACUUCACAACCACCCCAGGUCAUCGAAUUCGUCUCAUCUUCAACAGUUUCGAAGUUGAACCACAUCAGGAGUGCGCCUACGACCACAUUGCAAUCUACGAUGGGGAUAAUCCUGAUUCGAGCACAUUAGGGAAGUUCUGUGGCUCCAAAACGCCCCAUCCUAUUUCUUCCACCUCCAACGAACUUUUGCUACUCUUCAAAUCUGACUCUAGUGUUCAACGAAAGGGUUUCGUUGCGAGUCAUUCGACUGCAUGUGGAGGACACCUUCAGGCAACGAAUAAAGUCAAGCACUUCUACAGUCAUUCGCGAUUUGGGGACAAUGACUACGACAACAGAGCUGAUUGCGAUUGGACAAUUGAAGCGGAAACUGGGAAGAAUGUUCAACUCACCUUCUUGACGUUUGAACUGGAAAGUGAGGAGCAGUGUUCUUAUGAUUUUGUUGAAGUUUACGGAGGGGUUGAUGAUGUAAGUGGACCGUUGUAUGGAACCUACUGCGGAACUUUGAAUCCUCCGGAUAUAAUUUCAAUGAAUGAAGCUCUGCUGGUGCGCUUCCGGACAGACGAUAAUAUUGUGUUCAAGGGAUUUUCAGCUUCAUACGUCGCUGUGACGCCCUACGACGAUGACGACAAUGAUGAGGAGAUGAGUUCUGACAGUUCAGAGAUGAUGACCCCCUUCCCGGGGUCUCUGAAGAGUAUCUACAAAACAACCCUCCUCGAGAGUGAUGGUGAGGAUGAAGACGAAGACGUGAGCAUCACAACGAGCAAAUACAACAUCACAUCACCAACCACAAGUAGAUUUUCAGCAUCACAGGAAAGGAAUCGCGUCCCAAAUGCCAUUUCUGCAUCCUCCGAGGCACUCGAUUGAAAUAUUUUUAACAUAUUCGUAGCGUUUUAAAUUAAAUUAAAUAUUAAUAUUAAAAAAAACCCGAUAGACGUUUCGAUAGUUUAUGAAAAAGUAAAAGAAAAAGUAAUGAAGAAAACUGUAAUUGCACAAUUUUUCGUGCAUUAAUUAUUUAAGUGACUAAAAUGCCGUAUAAUCGUAAACUGAAAAUUAACUAAUUUUAAAAAAUCUUCUAACUUAAAUGUGACAUGAUCUUUGUAGUCUGGACAAUAAAUUCUCGUCGUGGAGAAAAUCAGAA